AUGUUAAAUGAGUUGGUGAUUACAGAAAUCAAACUAACUUUAGGUGUGCUAUGGUGUAUCUUCUUUCACAGGCUCUUUGGCCCCAUUGCCCCCAGCUCGCAUGAGUUCAUGGGGAUCCCAUACCCCGUGGCCAACAAUCUACCGGACAUUGACUCAUUAUUUGACCAAAAGAUUGACCAGCUUAUAAAGAAGGAUUUUGGCUCGGCCGACUCGCUAUCGCAGCCAAAGGUGGGUCAGCUUCUAGUACUGUUCCACAAGACAUCCAAGAUCAAGAAGAAGUCGCUGUGGUUCGGCCACGUCAAGGACGACCUUCUGCAAGAUCCCUCUGUGUGGGAGCUGUGGAGGAUUAAUGUCAACUGCCGCCCGGUUCCACCAGAGAAACUACCGGCUGACACCGCCCUGAUGCACGACAAGGGGGUGCAACUGUCCCGUCAAAGUUUCGAGGAGACUCUCAUGACCAUAUAUGAGAAGAUAGACAGCAAAAAAGAUCACAUUCCUCCUAUUACAACGCUUGAUGUUUCACCGUUUCCAUACGAGAUUGAAGUUGACCCCAAAUCUCCUAAGAAGCCUCCUCCACCUCCAGACGACGAGUCCUGGGGCAACUACAUCAAGAAGAUGCUAGACUAG